AUUCGAUCAGCACGACCGGUUUGUACACUACACAUGGUUUGCAAUCGAGGUCAUGGAUAAGCAACCAUGACCAACCACAAUGCCACUAUGCAAUCACAUUGUAUGCAACUGCGUAGUGAUUAGGUAGAAAUCGUGUGCGCUCUAUGUGUAUAGAUUGACGUGAAACGCCUCAAGCAGGUCACUGUAAGGUGGUUGCAAACAGGAUUCCAGAUAUGUGAAGUACAUAGAGACAUUAUUCAAGUAUAACGCUUCAUUUACGGUAGGGAGCAAUUUUGCACAUGGUUUCUGAAACUACCACAAAAUGAUGAGUUUGCACUUGUUUUGGAUUUAUCUCUUAUGGCUGUGGAUUCCGAAGUCCGUCGCAACCGUCGUACAUGGAGUGCAUGCGAAUACCGGAGGCGCAACGCUCAGCAUCGAAUGGAGCUACCUUAACGUCGACUCCCUGUUGGCUAAUGGGGGCAUUUGCGAUCGAUUCGGCGACAGCAAGUGUGAUGUGUACUUCACGCUCUGCCUGCGAAACGCAGCCUCUAACUCGAAAUAUCAUUCUCAAGAAAACUGUCUGCUUCUGCAAUACACCACCAAAACGUACUAUAACAUUCAAAAUGUGAAUGUAACUGGGGCUAAUGCCGUGAGCGUAACGAUUCCACCACCCGUUCCCAAUUUCUACACGUUUAGAAUGCAGAUAUUUGAUAAAGACUACCUUCCGGAUCACGAACUAAUUGGAGAUUUUCUGGCCUCAGGUUUCCACUUACUGCCCAGCGAAACGUUCCAGGAAGUCAAGAUGAAAAAUGUGGUUUCUGCAGCAAAAAAUCUAAACUUGAAACUGCAGGUGAGGAUGCGACUUAUGUGCAAUAGAUUUCACUACGGAAGCCAAUGCAUGAUCAAGUGCCAAUCGGAUUCUUUGCGCUACACCUGCGAUGCGCAUGGGAAUAAGAUCUGCCAUGUCGGUUUCGCAGGUCCGGACUGUGACACAGAAGAUGCUUGUUAUUACGAACCAUGUGCUUCUCAUGCCCAGUGCAUAAAUUUCCCCAACGGGACAGGUCGUACCUGCAAGUGCAACGGCCGUGAAGGCCCGGAAUGCUAUCCUGGUUAUGAUCCAUGCUCGACGUUUCCUUGUGAACACGGAGGGCUAUGCUACCCGACGGGUCAAUACGAGCAAAGUUUCAGGUGCGUCUGUCCGGAAGCAUGGACUGGACACCGAUGCACAGAACGUCGACAAGCUUGUAUAGAGGCUGCCAAAAAGCUGCACAAUGUGACAUUCCCCACAGAAGAAAGUGAACAAGUUGCAAUUUUAGCCGAACUUUGUCUCAAUGGCGGCAAGUGUCUGGACUAUUCUGAUCGAUUUGAUUAUCGAUGUGUGUGUGCCGAGGGGUGGACAGGUGACCGAUGUCAGUCAAAGGAGAAAAUGCACCCGGAUAUUCUGAUACUGACGGUGGUCAUGUUAAUCGUAUGCGUCCUUCUGAUGCUGUUCGGCGGCCUUACGAUUGGACUUAUCUGGAGGUAUCGCAAAUCAAAACGAUUGAUGAAAAAAAUCAGUCGAGAAGGAGGGAUCGUCUACUUCCAUUCGAACCGCGACUCCACCUCUACCACGUGCAGCACGCUACCCCUGCCUCAUGCGUAUUACAAGGACUUGUGCGGUGUCACUGACAAUGCAGGGAAAACGGUGGCGCAUUACCAGCCGAAUUCAAUGCCAACAAGCAGGAGGAAUUACAAUGACGUAUAUGACGAAUGUGAUCCUAUGGGAUUGUACACAAAAACAGAUACUUAUGGCACCGUUUUCGGGGACACAACUGCCGUGCCGGCCAACUCGAGCAACUCUACAAACGAUGAGUCGGCACCACCAUUACCAGAGCGACCGAAUAAUCUGGAGCUGACUUCAACUCGACAAUCUUCCUUUGUGUUGCAGCGCACAGAUGACUAUUCUGCAUGUUAUAACAAACAGAACUCCGCGCGAAAUUCUAUGGGUAGCACUGGUCAUCAGCGGCGCCCGACAGUAUUUCGCCCCUUUAGUCCCUUACAAUAUACCACACCCGACGACCGCAUAGACCCAGUAUGCGGGCUUCUGAACACUCCUUCCUAAACCAUAUUUUGCUGAAUCAUACGCGUACCAUCAUUUGGAAUCCGGACGUUUCUGGUUGCAAAUUUUCUUCACGGAGACAUUUGUCCAAUCUGUACUAACCUGACAAUCUUUUCUCCAUUUUCUUCCAAGAAGCCAAGCAGUUGAUACCCAUUA